AUGGCGACGCUUGAUGUUCUCGCGUUUGAGCCUGACGGUCGCCCGAUCGAGUUCGCUGUGUGGCUCGACGAUCUCCAACUGUUCCUUCUGACCAAUGCCAAAGACGGCGUUUCACUGUUCGAUUACGUGUCUGGCACUGCCGUUGCUCCUGCUGACGAUGCUACUGCUCUUGAACGCUCACAGUGGCAGACUCGUGAUGCUGCUGGACGCCUAGCUAUUAGGAACCAUUUGCCGAUCACUGAGCGCGCGCAUUUCAGCCGGCACAAAACUGCUAAGGCACUGUACGGCGCUGUAGUUGCGCGCUACUCCUCCCCGGCCACUGCAGCCCUAGCCCUAGACCCUACCACUCUCCCUGUCGCCGACUUCGAGAAGCACCUCCUAGCAGCAGAGAAGAACAUCCUCGCUGUAGGUGCUGCUCGUGGUACUCCUCGCUCUCCCCUCUUUGAGGGAUGCUCCCCCUCCCCUCUUACCCCCACCUACGCCUCCGCAGCUGCUGCUGUCGACUUCCUUGGUGCCGAGAAGGUCGCAGUUGCUUCCGCUCCUAGUGGGAAGCGCAGCGGUUCCAAGGGAGGCAAGGGUGGCAGGGGUGGCGGACGUGGCAAUGGAGGGGGCGGUGGUGGAGGUGGCGGGGGAGGUGGAGGUGGUGGGGGUGGUCGUGGGGGUGGCGGUGGUGGUGGGGUCAGUGGUGGUGCCGGGAGCGGUGGCGGUGGCGGCGGCGGUGGUGGCGGAGGGGGGAGUAGUGGUGGCAGCGGUGGUGGGGGCUUGGGUGACACCGGUGGUCCUCGCGCUGGUCGCCAGUGCACAGGGUUUCAUACUGAGUAUCGCUGCUUCGCUCGGCUUAGCGACGCCUGGCGCGUCAAGUUUCCUGAUGCUACUGAGUUCCCCAACUGGGCAGACCUGCUUAGGCGUGAUGUACCUAUCUUUGAUCUUGACUAUGAGGCUAUUCUUGCUGCCAUGUAUGCAUUGACUGUUAGUGCUGAGGGUGACUGCUACUUGUGUGUGCUGCCUGAGCCCGGUAUAGCCCCAGGUAUAGCGCCUGUGGCACUAGGUGCUUGUGAGUCUGCUCCCCCUGGUACUGCGUCCGCACAGGCCUUGCACACCUUCACACUUGACUCUGGUGCUUCCCGCUGUUUCUUUCGCGACAGCACCACAGUCACUCCCCUCCCUGCACCUGUCCCUGUCUCACUGGCUGACCCCUCUGGGGGCCCAGUGCUUGCACGGUCUUCCACUGUGCUUCCGUGUCCGGUGGUCCCGUCUGGUGAGCUGUCUGGUCUCCACCUCCCCUCGUUCUCUACGAACUUGGUGAGCAAUGCCGUCCUUCAGGAUCCCUGGGUUGACACCUUUACUCCUGGAGGACAGCGUGUGGCGAUCUGCACGUCCCUACCUGCGCUCCCUCCCUCGCCUGCGCUGCCCUGCAUUCCUUGCGUCGAGGGGCGGCAGCGCGCCGCUCCUCACUCCUCCUCGUUCCCUCUCACAGAGGCUCCACUGCACACUCUCCACCUGGACGUGUGGGGCCCAGCCCGCGUCCGUGGACAGGGCCACGAGCGCUACUUCCUACUGGUCGUCGACGACUACACGCGUUACACCACGGUCUUCCCCUUGCAACGCAAGGGGGAGGUCCCUGAUGUUUUGAUCCCCUGGAUCCGCGCUGUUCGUCUCCAGCUCUGUGAGCGGUUCCAGUCGGACUUUCCUGUCCUGCGUCUGCACUCCAACAAAGGUGGUGAGUUCUCCUCAGACCUCUUGGCGGCCUUCUGUGCGGAGCACGGCAUCUGCCAGACGUUCACGCUUCCGGCCUCUCCGCAGCAGAAUGGGGUUGCUGAGCGCCGCAUUGGCUUAGUCAUGGAGGUCGCUCGUACCUCCAUGAUCCAUGCGGUUGCCCCCCAUUUUCUGUGGCCGUUUGCGGUCCGGUACGCCAUGCAUCAGCUCAACCUCUGGCCCCGUGUCUCCUUGCCGGAGACCUCGCCCACACUGCUGUGGACGGGGAAGGUUGGCGAUGCGUCGCGUUUCCGGGUCUGGGGUGCUCGUGCCUUUGUCCGCGAUACCACCGCGGACAAGCUCUCCCCUCGCGCCAUUCCCUGCGUCUUCCUUGGCUUUGUCCCUGACGCGCCUGGCUGGCAGUUCUACGACCCAGCCACGCGUCGUAUCAUUGCGUCUCAGGACGUCACCUUUGACAAGUCCGUCCCCUUUUACCGUCUCUUUCCCUACCGCACUGCCCCUCGCCCCCCCCCACCGCUCUUUCUCGCCCCAGGACCUCCCCAGGUAGACCCCCUCCCCGCGCCAGGUCCUGCUCCUUCAGGUGUCUCUCAGGUGGACCCUUCCGUACCUGCUCUUGUUGAGGUCACUGGUGACUCAGGUCCUGCUUGGGGGUGGUGCUGUCCCUGGGGGUACGGAGUUUGGGGGUGCGGAGCUUGGGGGUGCGGAGCGUGGGGGUGUUGA